GGCUCUGCUGGAAAGACGUCGAGGGACUGAACUCGUCGCUCAGCAGGAGGAGGACUCGCAGCGGCUUCUUGACCUCCGUUCUGAGGAAAACCACAAAGUUGACGUCAAACUGACUUUGUUCUUCAUCGCUCGCAACUCUUCCUCGUCAUGUCUGGCGAACACAAGGAGGGACGAGAGGCUAUGAACAUGUACACCGUUACCCUCAGCGGCCCAGCGCCGUGGGGCUUCAGGCUGCAGGGAGGCAAGGACUUCAGCAUGCCUCUCACUGUGUCAAGACUUACUCCGGGUGGAAAGGCUGCUCAGGCUGGAGUCGGGGUGGGCGACUGGGUGGUCUCCAUCUGUGACGCCGAUGCCGAGGAUAUGACCCACGUGGAAGCACAAAACAAGAUUAGGGCAGCAACAGACUCCCUUACCCUCACCCUCAGCAGAGCUUUUAAGGGAGGCGAAGAGAGAAAGGACUCCUGUUCCCCGGCCUCUGUUCAGCCGAAGUACUCCUUUGCCCCAAGCACAGCCAUUAACAAGAUGGCGAGGCCAUUUACAGCAGGUGGUGCUAGCACCAACUCCGGACCCGUUAUUAAACCUGUGGCCUACACACCUAAGCUUAACACUGCACACUCGCCGGGCCUCGCCAGCACAGAGCAACCUCAGAAUGGCCUCGAGCCAACUCCUUCCUCUGCUAGGACCCUAACUGCAGAUAAACCAGAUGGCUCGAAGACUGCAGCUGCAACAGCAGGCACUUCUGGUCCCUCCUGCAGACCCCCGUGGGUCACGGAUCCAAACUUUGCGGAUCGCUACCGGCCAGACAAGACCAGCACUGUGGUGACCCAGCACCAGCAGCCAGCCCAGCUGACGCCCAAGCAGAACCGCAGCUCCAUCCUGCAGGCAGCGCAGCAGGCGCCCGAAGACAGCGGGAGGACCCCAGUUUGUGGCGCCUGCAACAAAAUCAUCAGGGGUCGGUACCUGGUGGCACUGGGACGUUCCUGGCACCCUGAGGAGUUCACGUGCUCGCAGUGUAAGGCGGUCCUGGAGGAGGGGGGCUUCUUCGAAGAAAGGGGCUCUGUCUACUGCACCAAGUGCCACGAUAAUCGAUACGCUCCCAACUGUGCCAAGUGCAAGAAGAAGAUCACCGGGGAAAUCAUGCAUGCUCUGAAGAUGACCUAUCACGUUCAGUGUUUCAAGUGUGCAGCCUGUAAGAAUCCCAUCAGGAACCAGGCCUUCUACAUGGAGGAGGGGGAACCUUACUGUGAAAGAGACUAUGAAAAGAUGUUUGGCACCAAAUGCCACGGCUGUGACUUCAAGAUUGAUGCUGGCGAUCGCUUUCUGGAGGCCUUGGGCUACAGCUGGCACGACACGUGCUUCGUCUGUGCUCUCUGCCAAAUCAACCUGGAGGGGAAGACGUUCUACUCGAGAAAGGAUAAGCCCCUGUGCAAAGGCCACGCUUUUGCUCCAGUGUAAGAGAGCCAGCUACAUCUUCAGAGGAAGCAACGCAUCUCCCACCACCUUCUCUUUAUCCCGUUCCGCCCUCUGACAAACUCUACAUCCCGUCUUUGCCAGCCACACACGGAGUUCAGCGCGAGCUUCUUUUCUAUCCUGCAGACUUUGUUUUUAUACUCCAAGCUUAAUGCUAGCUUCACAUACAGUCCACCUCACCUGCAUUCACUGCCUGCAAAAACAAAAGCUGUGCUGCAAAACUGGAAGUAGGCAUGGACUUAUUAUCCCAUCGUCACUAAUUAAUUUCAAUCUAACAAAUGAGAAAAGUCUAUAUCGUAUUUAUCAAGAUUUAACUGCAGUGAUCCUCUAUCUUUCUAAAGUAACAUUGUAGGUCUAAAAGAGUCAGUGAUCCUGUAGUAAUCACACAUCAGCCUGUUCCCACCCAGGCCCACUCAUCGGCUCUUACUGCAGUGCCCUUUAAUGUGAUAGAAACCAGUCAAGCAGCAAAGAGGCUAUGCUCCAUUUCUGCUUGAUUGGACCCCCCCUCCAAGGUUCCACCUUAGUGCUGACAAGUCAGCGUCCAUACAGCAGGUAGAUGAGAACAUUUGACUGAUGCUGAAAUGUCACAGAUGUGUUAAAUGGAGAGCCUCGAGAAUCUAAAGAAUUCCCUUUUUCACCUUUAUAAGUCCGAAAGGGAAUUAAACGACCAUUUUUCAUUGUGAUACAAUAAUAUCAUGACACUUUAUUGCUGUACUUUUCAUGUAUUUAUACUGCUCCACAACUGUCCUGUAUGUGUUUAUAGCUUAAAUUUCCAAAUAAAACUAUUUAGUUAACCUAAA